AUGGAUCGCCAAACAGCGGAGAAACUCAUUAUCGUAAACCGCCACCCAAACGGCGUCGCACUGGUCACGAUUAAUCGUCCCGGUUCUCUUAACUCGCUCACCCGGCCUAUGAUGGUGGACCUGGCCCAGGCUUUCAAGGCACUGGACCGGGACGACUCGGUUCGGGUUAUCAUAUUGACCGGAUCGGGUCGGUCAUUCUGUUCGGGCGUGGAUCUCACGGCAGCGGAGGACGUCUUCAAGGGCGAUGUGAAGGAUCCGGAGAGCGACCCGGUGGUGCAAAUGGAGCUCUGCCGGAAACCGAUAAUCGGAGCCAUAAGAGGAUUCGCCGUCACCGCCGGGUUCGAAAUUGCCCUCGCCUGUGACAUCUUGGUCGCUGCCAAGGGAUCUAAGUUCAUGGACACACACGCUAGGUUUGGGAUAUUUCCGUCGUGGGGUUUGUCUCAGAAGCUUUCGCGCAUCAUUGGGGUCAACAAAGCGCGCGAGGUAUCUCUCGCGGCCUCCCCUUUGACCGCUGAGGUGGCUGAAAAGUUGGGUUUCGUGAACCAUGUUGUUGAAGAGGGUGAGUUGUUGAAGAAAAGCAGGGAAAUUGCGGAUGCUAUUGUGAAAAACAACCAAGACUUGGUGUUGAGGUACAAGGCGGUCAUCAAUGAUGGCAUCAAACUUGAUCUUGGCACCGCUCUUUCCCUUGAAAAGGAGAGGGCUCAUGAUUAUUAUAACGGAAUGACGAAGGAGCAAUUCAGAAAGAUGCAGGAAUUCAUAGCUGGUCGAAGUUCCAAGAAACAGUCCAAAUUGUAG